UGUGCAUAGAAUUCUUGAACAGAUUCUACAACUCACUGAUAGCCAGAGGGGUUACUUUUUCCCUGGACACCAUAGAAAAAGAGUUGAUUGACUUUUGCCUAGAUGCCAAAGGAAAAGAAAACCGCCUGUGCUAUUAUCUAGGCGCCGCGAAGGACGCAGCCACCAAGAUCCUAAGCGAAGUCACCCGCCCCAUGAGCGUGCACGUGCCUGUCGGGAAGAUCUGCGAGAAGCUGAAGAAGAUGGACAGCCAGAUCUGCGAGCUGAAAUACGAAAAGCAGCUGGACUUGGCGUCGGUGGAUCUGGGGAAGAUGAGAGUAGCAGAGCUGAAGCGGAUUCUGAACAGCUGGGGGGAGGAGUGCAGGGCAUGCGCGGAGAAAACCGACUACGUGAAUCUGAUCAAAGAACUGACCCCCAAGUACGCAGCGAGGCGCCCCAGAAGCGAUCUGUGACUCGGCUGCUCGCACGCUAUGGGUUUUAAUUGGAGAGAGAAUGAGCCACGGGCAUGCUGGGUGAGCAUGAGCCAGGAACUGCGUUGCGCUGGGUCUCAGACUUCUUAUCUCAAUAUUGUACCUCAGGGUUUUGUAAGGUUUACGAGUGAAACGACGAGUAUUACUGCUGCUUUACAUUUGCAGUGUCCUAAAACCUAGAAGUGCCUUUCUCAUAACUUUCUUGUAAGGACUGUGUGGGUAUCAUUGCCCGCCUCCUGCAAUGGAGGAGAGUGAGUUGCCGAAAACUGACGGAGUAAGCUGAUUCUAAGAGUGAGCACAAUGCUCAGGAGCUCCUCGCCACACAGUUUUAAAGCUAAAUACAUUGGAUCAGGGCAAAAGAAGCAACAGUCACAAUUAGCUUAUUUAAAUAAUUACCUAACAUAAGAAAAAAGUUAUUUUUUUAAAGUAAAAUUCCUGCCUGAUGUGGUGGUAUACACCUGUAAUCCCA